UGCUUGUGUAGACGUGGACCAUGUUAUUUUGGAAUAAUGUUAGUUAUUCAGAAAUAACACUGCUGUGCAGACUUACCCUUAUUUACUGCUGCACUUACGCUGUUUGCCAGUUUCCUCUUUCUUAUGCUACAGGGCUAGAGUAGUGGGCCUGCAGGCUAGAGUCCUCCCUUUGGAUUUCAGAGCUCAGGCGUUGGGCAGAACUGGGAAUGUUUACACAGCUAUUUUUUAGCUCUGAGUCUGUCAGCUGGCCUGGGCUCAGACUCACUGCCAUGGCCUUUUGUUUUUGUGUGCAGUGUAAAUGUACCCUCAGUGUCCAUCCAAUAGCUCUCGUACUUAGGGAAUAGCUUCUUCCCCCAUAGUCAUAAGCCCUGUCUUGUGCUGGUGAGUGGCUGCUCUUGCUACACUAGGACCUUGGAAGAAGCAGCGCACAAUUUGCUAUGGAACACCACUGACAAUCGGAUCUGUUCUCUGUAGUAAGCAAGCAGCCAGCAGGGAGUCACUAGUAAAACCUCAGGUAAAGCUGCCUGCUUUACAGUUGGGAUUAAGCAUAGACUGAUAAGAGCAUGUCUCUUAUUACCAACUUUGUGGGGCAUUUUAUGUGUGCUUCGAGCUCACUUAGCCACAACUGGGCUGUUCUGGGUGAUAGGAGUGUAUUUGCAUUAUGUAGCAAAAACACCUUUGUACCCUGUCAUUAACCCCUCAUGUGUACACAGUUGUCAGUAACCCAAUCCCUGUGUUGAUAUGAUCUUGGAGAGACUCUUAGGCAGGGUUUCCUUUGGUGAAUAAUGGACUUUGGAGAUAAUUCAUGUUAGAAAACUGUUUUACAGUAACUGGAAAAACUUAAAACCCAACAAAUGGUGUAGCACCUUACAGACUAACGCCCCACGCAGCUCAUGAUCCUGUCUAUAUGUUUUGUUAGUCUUUAAAGUGCUACCAGACCAUUCUUUAAGUUUUUCCAGUUUCGAUUAACUUGGCUCUGAAGUUACAGUAAAUGGUUAUUGUAGAACUUUGCCACACCCAUGUGCAGAGGAGCAAGACUGAGGGAUGAAAUAUCCUGUCAGCACUUUACCCUGCCCUAGGGAGGAGGAGUCUGUAAGGAACUUGCCCUGGGGAGGGAAUGACUCAUACUGAGCUGACCAGGAAGGAGGAAAACUUCUAGAUACAAACCUUACCCGGAAGAAUAGCUGCAGGAGACAGCUUGGCUUCUGUCUGAACUUCAGACAAUUCAAGGAAGAGACAUAUUAAAAUGAAGAGCCCUAGGACUUUUGAGGAGCAAACUGAGUACAUUGUGGAGGCACUGCUCUCUGGUCUCUUAGGGGAAGAUGAAAAGGUUGCUUUCCGCUGUCUGGAGACCGACUCUGUUACUGAGUCAAGUACAGAAUCAGAAGCUUCAAGUGCCUUUGAUCCGACUAUUAUUGCCAGUCGUCUGCGGAAUCUGGGAGACCAAUAUAACGAGGACCUGGAGCAGCCUGCCCAGCGUGUCAUUGCUGGGGUGACUAAGGGAAAGGUGGAGGAAUUUGGAGCCAUGGUGGAUUCUCUCAGCAAGGCCUGGAGCAGCCAGAAUCCGGAGCUGAGCUAUGAGAGAGCAUUUCUGGCAGUAUCUGUGAAAUUGUUAGCAUACCUUGUCCGGAAAGUUCCAACUGUGGCCACUCAACUCCAUCUUGAGGAGUUGAUUAAUGGGAACCGUGAAGUGAGAGGAUACAUCCAAGCUCAUGGGGGCUGGGAGAACUUUGAAAAUUGAUGCAAAAGGCUCCUCUACCUUCCUGGGAGUGAAAUGGCAGCUUUCAGCGACCUCAUUUAAACAAGACUGUUUUCUGAACAUUGUUUUCCCAGAUUUUUUUUGUUCGUCUCCCUUCCUUGAAGAUUGAUCAAGUCAGUAAUGGGACAUCUCAACAUGUAGCUAUUUCCCCUCACCAGAUGCAGCUCUCUUGUUCCUGAACUUAUUAGCUUAUUUACAAAUCAUUUGUAGGAGUGACUUUUUUUUGUUUUCCAGUAUAGGCUGUAAAUGCAACUUCUAAGUGUGAGAACUGAUAGCAACACUUGUUCCACCAAGUGACACAGCACGAGGAAAGGGAUGCAGAUCCAUAGAGUUUGUAAAGAUACAGAUCCAUGUGCUUAUUUUUAUUAAAAGUAGAUUAAGUUGGACCAUAAACUCUUCAG